AUGAGCGUUUUUGUUGUAGUGCAGGGUGGUCAAACAAAUUCUCAGAACUCACAGAAGCUGAAGGCAGUGGCGCUUUCAUCUUGUGAGGCAGAAUUCAUGGCAGCCACAACUGCAGCCUGCCAUGCUUUGUGGUUGAGGAGCCUUGCCAGUGAAUUGACAGGUGUAAAGCCAAAACCGGUAACUUUGUUUGUUGACAACAAAUCCGCCAUAACUCUCAUGAAGAAUCCGGUAUUCCAUGGUCGAAGCAAGCAUAUAGAUACAAGGUUUCAUUUUAUCAGAGAAUGCAUUGAGAAGGGACAGAUUGUGGUGGAGUUCGUUAAUACCGGAGAACAGCGAGCCAAUGCGUUAACUAAAGCAUUGCCAGGAGUGAACUGUGUCCUGUGCGACUCACUCGGCCCGGACACCGCCUCCUACGUCCACUGCGACGUCACCAAGGAGUCCGACGUGGCAAGCGCCGUCGACGUCGCCGUCGCCCGGCACGGGAAGCUCGACGUCAUGUUCAGCAACGCCGGCGUCGCGGAACCGAGGCAGAAGUCGUUCCCGGACUGCGAGGUGGAUGACUUCCAGCGGUUGAUGUCGGUGAACGUGACGGGGGUGUUCCUGGCCACCAAGUACGCGGCGAGGGUGAUGACGCCGGCGAGGCAGGGGAGCAUCGUAAUCACCGCGAGCACCGCGUCGACUACUGCGGGAUUGGUGCCGCACGCAUACACGUGCUCGAAGCACGCGGUGGUGGGGCUGAUGAGGAGCGCGGCCGCCGAGCUGGGCAAGCACGGGAUUCGGGUCAACUGCGUGUCGCCGCACGGGGUGGCGACGCCGCUGGCGAUGGCAUGGCUUGACUUAGACAAGGAGGCCUUUGAGGCCACGAUUGAGAGGUCGGCCAACCUGAAAGGGGUGAGGCUGGGAGCGGAGGACGUGGCGGAGGCGGUAGCGUACCUCGCUGGCGACGAGUCCAGGUACGUGAGCGGCGUCAAUCUGUUGUUGGACGGAGGCUUCACCAUCGCCAAGGGAUUGGCGUAG